CAGCUGUGUUCCUUCUGUCUGAGUUUUGCUUAAAGCGUUCAAAUUUUGUGAUAUUAUAAAUUUAAAUUGUUUAACGAGCAAACACCGAAAUGGCGGCUGCCAACAUGGAGAAGGGUGAGCUGAUGAACCAGGUGAAACAACAGAUCGCAUUGGCCAAUGCCCAGGAGAUGCUCUCGAAGAUGACGGAGAAGUGCUUCAAGAAGUGCAUCCAGAAGCCGGGAAAAUCACUGGACUCCACCGAGCAGCGUUGCAUUUCGCAGUGCAUGGAUCGCUUCAUGGACGCCUGGAAUCUGGUGUCGCGCACCUAUGGCAAUCGUCUGCAGCGUGAACAGUACAGGACCAUGGAAUCGUUGGAGAUGACCAGCUAGGACUAGCAGCUAGGAUUAGCAGCUAGAUUGCACUCAUCUUGCAAUUAAAAUCGAAUUUAUUUUGUUUGUGAUCC